GGCGACUUCGGGACGCUUCGGGGUCCCCGCGGCGCGGCGGAACCAAGGCGGCGGGCAGCGCGCCCAGGCCGGCGGCCGCCCGCAGAGGCCCGGAAGGAGUGCAGGCGGCCUCCACGGAGGACCCAAUGGAAGUGUCCAGGAUGCUUGUCGCCAUCGGGAAGCCGGCAUAGCAUGGAUAAUCCAAAAGGAAAAAAAACCCAAAGGUGCUUGUCCAGACUAAUGCAGCUGAUGAGAUACUUGCCUUUUUCUGCUCAAGAUGCUGGUUUAAUUGAUUUAUUUUUCCUAUAAAUGUGGGAAGUCAGAAAGGCAAAGGUUCUCAGGAAAGAGUAAUAGAUUGACUGUUUGAGGCCAAUAGCCUCCUGACUGAUUAGACACGAUGCAGAAAAGACAAGGGUAUUGCAGCUACUGCCAUGUGCAGUAUCCUAACCUGGAACAGACAGUUCUUACUAUGUAGUCCAGGCUGGCCUCCCGAGUGCUGAAAUUGCAGUUUUUUUGUUUUGUUUUGUUUUUUUUACUUCAAGUUUAUUCUGAUACAAAUGUGGGUAUUCCUGCUUGGGUUUUGUUUACAAUGCACUUGUUUAGUGCUCAGCACAGAAGCCUGACCAGACAAAGCAGACGUCGGACAAUUACCAAUAACAGUCUGAUGGAGCGCUUCUUGCAGGAUGUCCUACGACACCACCCCUACAAUUAUCAAGACAGCAGAUCUGCACCAAAUGAGGCAGCAGCAAAUCCUGAGUCACCUGAAGUCAUUGUUUUGGACGACGACUCUGAUGAGAAAGAUGAUGACACUGCAGAAGGCGUUGGAGAGAGAGACUCCGAGGAUUCGUCAUCUGUCGAAGAGAUAGAUUACAGACCUGGUCCUUCCCAGGAGUGCGCAGAGGCAGCAGUUCGACCAUCAGUUAUUCAAAAAUUGGAGCGGGGGCAGCAGCAGUCCUUGGAGUUGCCUCGUAAAGUUGAGAGUGGUGUGAAAAAAGCUAAUUCAGUCGGUGUUGUUCAGGCUACAACUAGUGGAAAAAAGUUAGUGCGUCCCCCAGUGAUAUGUAAUGCUCCUGCCAGCUCUUUGCCUAGAGGCUCUUUCGAGAGACCAGUUGCGGCUAACAAUGUUCCUCGGUUAGUACUGGCAGUUGCUUCAGAUUCCUUUCCAGCUUGUGACACAGAGAACCUUGAAACAUACUUUGACCCCCCAGAUCAGGGCUCUAGCAAUCCAUCACCUCAACCCAAUAAAGAUCCAGAAAAGAAACCUUUAAAUAUAAAUUUAGACAAAUUGCUUGCACAGAGAAAUCUCAGAGAUAAGGGUGCAUCUUUUUCCCCUGUGGUACGAGUGCGUGAGCUACCAGCCUCUGAGCUUUGUUCUGUAAGAGCUGAGUCUUCUGAGUUAGGGGCAGGUACAGCAGGAAACCCGAGUGACGACACACCACCGGCAGAAAACCGUGAAGGUGCCAUUCCGAAGCGUCGUGAGGCGUCUCGUUCAAAUAUGGUUCAUCCCCAAGGAGAAACACGCUUGGUUAUUAAUAAGCCAACACUUGUGAAACAGAAGCGCUCAGUGAUUUCUGAAGUGAAGCUAGAUCGUGACUCUCCUCAUCCGACACCUGGUCAUUCCCAAGGUGCUGUACACGACUUAAGUCUUUUGGAAGAGGAAGAAGAGGAAGAAGAGGAGGAGGAAGAGGAGGAAGUUGACCAAGAAGAUGAUGAGAGCUAUGAAUCGAGAAGUUCUGAUACGAGUUUUGAUUGUCGGUCCUCUUGUCAGUCACUGAGUGCCCUGUCUGACCUGACCACCAGAGAAAUAAGCUUGUCAGAAGAAACACAUGCUGAUGCACAGCCUGGGGAUGAAGCACCCACUGUUUCUGGGGCAACUUCACAUAACUACAGCACUUCUCGUCAGGUGGCUACCACCCAUUCUCAAGUAAUUACACCGAACAUACAGUUCAUCAGUCUGGUUGAUGAAAGCUAUGAGUCUAGUGGCUCUGAAGUGAAUUUUGAUGGUAAUGACUCACUUCCAUCAACUAGUCACCGUCCCCAACAGCCUGUGAGAGCAAGCCUCCCUACACAGAUGCCCCGUCGCUUGGUUGACAGCUAUGGAAGUGGCAGCUCUGAACCAUGUGAAGAUUCUGGGUCCUCCGCUGAUGAGACUCCGGCAGCGGCAGCAGCAGCAGGACAACAAAAACCUCUGGCGAAUGCCCAUGCCCUGGUUGAUGAGAACUACGGGUCAGGCAGCUUCAGUUCUGACAGCGAUGCGGUCCUGGACCGUCCCCAAAUGCCUGUUCAAGAAAGAAGCCCGAGAGACACAGCUGCCCAAGAGGAGGAACAGCAGCCCAGUAGUGCUGAAGCACGUCUUGAACAUGCUGCUUCUCUGGAGGCAGUGGCUGAUGUACCCCAGAGAGAAACAGAAGAAAUAAACCUUCUGACCCAGAAUACCAGCCGUGGGGAUAUGAACUGUGAGUCUCAUGGUUCUGAAAUGGGUUUUCAUGCUGAUGCUCAAUUAGAGGCUGAUCAAUCUCCAGUAAAUCCCGAGGAAGUAGAUCUUGACCUAGAAAAUCAGAGUGUUCACUCUGGCAUUUCUAAUCUAAAUUCUGAUUCCCAUGCUUCUUAUCAGUCAGCUAAUGGUCAACCUCAAGGGGCUUGGGGAGAAGUAAAUCUUGAUGAGUUAAAUGUCGACAUGGAAGUUAAGAGCGAUGGGUGCUCCAGUUCUGAGUUGACAUUUGAUUCCGAUUCCCCUCUUCUGUCAGUUACUGAGCGGUCUCUGCUGGAUGUUGAAGGAAUAAACGAAGAUGACUUUAACCUGGAAGAUGAAAGCUGUGUGUCAAGUAGUUCUGACAUAACUUUUGAUUCUGAUAUUCCCGAUGACUCAGUAGCUGACCAACCUCAAGUAGCUGUUUAUGAGGAGGAACCUGUUGAUCUGGAAAAUAAGAGUAAUGAAUCUUGUGUUUCUGAAAUAACAUAUGAUUCUGAUAUUCCUCUUCAUUCAGGAAAUGAUCACCCUGAAGUAGCUGUUAAAGAAGUAAUCAUUCAGGAAGAAGAAAACGUUCACUUAGAAGGGAAGAAUGACAGUCCCAGUGGUUCUGAACUAUGUUUGGAUUCUAAUGCCCCUCUUCAUUCAGUGACUAAUCCUGAAGUAGCUGUUAAAAAGAUAAAACCCCCCAAAGAAGAGCAGGUACAUAUAGAACAAAAGGAAAAUGAACCUACUGAUUCUGAACUAAACUCAAAGCCUGCACGCUCUGAAGAGCCCAUUAUCUUACGUAUUUCUAAAACAAGAUUGAAUUCUCAUGCCCCCUUUCAGUCAGUAAUUUGUAAAUGUGAAGUAGUUGUCAAAAAUGCAUGCCUUCAAAAAGAAAAACAGGCUGAAUCACCAAGUAAAAGUACAGAAUCUCAUUCUGAAGUAAGUUCAGCUUCUACUGCUUCUCCUCCAGUGACAGAACCUUAUGUAGGUAAGAAAGCAAAGAGAAAGACAAAGCAUCUUGAAGAAGUCAAGAGUGAUGAUGAAUAUGGUGGGUCUCAACCAACCUUCAAUUCUGAUGUUUUUCCUCGGUUAAUGACUGAAAAACCUCAACCAGCUGCUUUGAAAGUGGGCCACGCUGACCCAAAAGAUGAAAGUACUGAGCUUAGAGGACCUGAGGUAAAUCAGAAUACUGCUGGUUGUCUUGAUUCAGUCAUUAGCCAAUCUCAGUUACCGACAGAGGAAAACCCUGUUGAACUGAAAGACACAAAUGGCAAACCUAGUGAUACUAAAGCAAGUGCUGAUGCUGCCGGCCAUUUUCACUCACUGCCUAAACAAGAGUGUGACGUGAUUACAGAAAUGAACGAGUGGAAAAAAGAGGCAAACGUCCUUGAAAAGAAGGUCAGUGAACCUGUUUAUUCAAAAUUAAUACAUGAUUCUAAUGUUUCUUUUCAUUCUGCAAUGGAUCAACUUGAACUAGCUCUUAAACAAAUAAAUCUUGAUAGUAAUGAUCAAACGUCCUUGGAAGAUAAAAGCCAAGAUACCUGUUCUGAAACAAAUUUGGAGUCUAAUAUCUCGGUUCAGUCAGUAGUUGAAUCACCUGAAGUGACUGUUUUGGAGCCCGAACACGUUGAGCUAGAAGGUAGGAAUGACAAGUCUUGUGAUUCUGAAGUAAGCUUUGAUUCUAGUGACUCUUUCCAGCCCGAGGCUGAUGGGCAUAGCGAAAGUGGUGAAAAGAGAAGUCGGAAGGAUGAAGAUUGUCACCUGGAAGGUAAGAGGGAUGAAGCUCAGGGUUUUGGAAAUUCGUGUGAUUCCAAUGUCCCCCAGCUACUGGCUAGCCAAACUGAAGUAGUUCAGGAGACCAGCCAUGGGAAAGAACAUGUAGAUUUGGAAGAUAAGGUUGUUGAAUCUAGUGACUCAAAAGUAAACUUUCACUCUGAUGAACCGCUUCAGUCUGUGACUAAUACAGCCCAAGAGCCUGUUCAAGAAAUAAACUUACUGAGGGAACAUGUUAGUCCCAAUGAUAAUGGCUGCGAGCCCUGUGGCUCUGGAAUAGUUUCUGUUUCAAAUGUCAUUUUUUGCUCAGUGAUUCAGAAACCACAACGUCUACAAAAAGAGUGUACCAGUUUGAAAGUAAAGAGCAGCAAUCAUUGUGGUCCUGAAGUUCGUGUUGAUCCCCGUGACAGUCCUGAAAUGCCUUUUGAUUCCAGUGAUCCAUGUCAGUCAGUAGCAGGCCAUCUUCAAAAACCUGUCAAAGAAGUGAACCUGAAGGAAGACCAUAUUUACCUAGACGACAAGAGCUACAAGCUAGUUGAUUGUGAACCAACUUAUGAUUCUGAUGAUCCUGUGCAGUUUGUGACAGAUCCAUCUGUGGAGGACGUGUCUAUCAAAGAAGUACACCUGCAAAAGGAGAGUCAUGUUGACCUAGAAAAUGAGAACUUUCAGCCAUGCUAUUCUGAAGUAACAUACAAUUCUGGUAUUCAUCUGCAGUCAGAAGUUGACCCACCUCAAGUAGCUUGCAAGGAAGCAGACCUUGAGAAGAAAGGACUUGACAUAGAAGACAAGUGCAGUGAAUCUUGUGAGCCUGAAGUGCUCUAUGACUCUGAUGUCUCUUUUCAGAUACUAGUUAACCAGCUUCAAACUUCAGAUGGAGAAGCAGAUCCACCACAGGUGGUGUUUGUGGAUGUGGUGUCCAGUGACAGUGACUGUGAUCGGGAAGUCAUUUCUGAUGCCAAUAUCCCUCUUCAUCUAGGAACUGAGCCACCUCAGAUGACUGUCAAAGAAAGCAGUGAGAUAAACCCAGAUUCUGUUGGUUCUGCGGCAGUAGAAAAGUACUACUGUAAAUUCUGUGGUUGUGAUUAUGAAGCCUUUCAGUCACUGACAAACCAAUCCAAGGAAAGUUUCAAAAUAAUAAAUCGAAAGAAUGACUAUAUUAUUCUGGGAGAUUCCACUUGUCCAUCUUGUGGUCAUGAACUCAGUUUCAAUGUUGAUGUCUCUGAUCAGCCCACUACUUCCCAGUUACAAGGGCCUGGUCGUACUUAUACUGUCACAGAAAAUAGGAGCAAUGGCUCUAAUUGUCUUAAAAGGAAUUAUAGUUUUGAAGACACUACUCAGCCAACAACUCACCAACUACAGGAAAGUGGUGAAGACAUCAAUCUGUGGAAAGAUCCAAAAAAUGUUGCCUUUCAAGAUAGCUGGGAAGCCUGUAGUUUUGCAGGAGACCGUGCUGCCUAUGCUGUGUCUGUGAUCCGCCCGACAGCUGUGCAGGACAACACUUGGACAUAUCUGUCUGUGAGCCCUAACUCUUACGGAUCUGAGCUGAAUUUUCAGUAUAAUUCCUUGUUUCAGUCUGACACUGAUGGACCUUAUCCUGCUAAAAGACUACGCCAGCGUAAGAGGGUAACAUUUGACUUGAGAGUAACUAAGUAUGAAUAUCCACCAAACCCUUUGUACCGCAGGGCAGAAGCGGGAAAGGUUGCAAAAGGUGGUCCUAAUAAACUGGCUCGUGGAGCCUCACGUCAGGUACCUCCUUCAUAUGUUGGAAAAAGAUGUUCUCAGAUGAGAGAAGAUGAUGUGAAAACAAACACACAGGAUUUUCAAGGCCAUCACAGUGACUGUGAUGGCGGCUCUGAGACCCAGAACGUUAUUUUGGGUGAAGAAGGAAAGACUACCUCGUCUGACCUUAAUCAGAACAAUUCAACAUCAAUUCAAUAUGUUGAAGGCCAAGUUGGAGACACCGGUGACUUUUCAGUGACCUUAGGUAAGCCAUCUGAUUCCCUAGCAGAGGGCCAUCAUCCGCAACAUGGGCAUGUGGCAUAUCAGAACCAGGUAGGAGGAGUCAGAUGUGGAACUCAAGCACGUUCUGGGAAGAAGAGGAAAAUGACAGAAGAUGAUGAUGAUGAAGAUUCACCAAAAAGGAAGCAUUUCCAAUAUGAUAGCCAGAAAAAAAAAAAAGCCGAAACGGAGACAACUGAGUUACCUGCCCCACAAGCUCAAGUUUUAGAGCCUGUACAGCCUGAUUCCUUGGUCUACAUAUUUUCUUCUCUAAGUAUGAAGGAAGAUCAGUCUUUGAACCCACCCAAAACGAAGCGUGGCAGUGGCAGUGAUUUACGAUUCAUAUACAGUUGUAAAGAGCAUACCUUUUCUGGCCCACUACGUAAGAAAACUGUGAUUAAUGCUCCACAGAACCUAAAGGUACCAGACUCUGACAGACAUGAGGUAGCGCCACAGAACCUAAAGGUACCAGACUCUGACAGACAUGAGGUAGCUCCACAGAGCCUAAAGGUACCAGACUCUGACAGACAUGAGGUAGCUCCACAGAACCUAAAGGUACCAGACUCUGACAGACAUGAGGUAGCUCCACAGAACCUAAAGGUACCAGACUCUGACAGACAUGAGGUAGCUCCACAGAACCUAAAGGUACCAGACUCUGACAGACAUGAGGUAGCUCCACAGAACCUAAAGGCACCAGACUCUGACAGACAUGAGGUAGCUCCACAGAACCUAAAGGUACCAGACUCUGACAGACAUGAGGUAGCUCCACAGACCCUAAAGGUACCAGACUCUGACAGACAUGAGGUAGCUCCACAGACCCUAAAGGUACCAGACUCUGACAGACAUGAGGUAGUUGGCACUGAUCUUAAAAGGCGUGAUUCAAGGUCCAAUGCAGGAGAGAGUGGUGCCAACAGACAAAACUUAGCUUCAACAUCUUCAGUGACAAUGCCAAAAAGAUCUGUGUUUAGGCUCUACGGGAGCAGUCAGUCUUCAUUUCUAAGAAGUUCAGAUGUGGGUGCUCCUGAAGUUAUAAAGACUACUUUCGAGCAGCCUCCUGUAAAAUGUGACAGUGCCAAAAAAUGUCUCAGAUCAGUUGGAAAGGGGUCUUUUGAAAGUAAAAAUGAAAAGAAGUUUUGGAAAAAGAAGAUGGUGGUAGCUGCAAGUACAGCAUGCUGUAUCAAAAAUGCUUGUAAAACAAUGGUUCUUCAGAAAAGGUCAAGACUAGCUUCAGAAAAACUGGCUCUUUGGGUUCAGAUGAAAGCAACCGACAUCCUUAGGAAGUAUGUCUCUAAAUGUCCUCGUACCAUGCGCCGGAAACAUCAGUCAAAGACUGUUCUUAUCAGAAUGCAACUGAGGAAGAAGAGAAUAGUUGCCAGGAAGAUAAGGGAGGCCAAGAGAGCAGCUGAAGCACUUUCGAGCCCUGCAGCCCUCCCAGCUGUUGCUCAAGAGGAGCAGAGUCCUCCUGCCCGGCCUGCAGAACAGCCUGCUCCUCUUCCCAAUGCUUCGCGAGUAAAGAGCUAUCGGAAAACUUACUGCCGCAGAAAGAAGAGGCCGCUUCCUGUGAGAGAAUAUGACCUGAGAAGUCUGAGUGCCACACCAAGUGCCGACAGGAUGGUGACGCGGCUUGCAAGCAAGUCCAGAAGUAACGAGGCGAAAUAAAAACGCAUGUCUUAGCAGGCGGAGAGCGCAGUCCUUCACUGAGAUGAGACACAUUGGAGACUUGAGUGCACAUGCUUUUCCCAGCUUUGGUGGGGAAAAUGACCUCACACUAUUUUGCUACAGAUUUUAUUUUUCAGAGAUUUUAUAUUCAUUUAAAAUUAGUGUUUAGGGUCCUUUUUUUUUUCUUUUAAAGAUUUAAAAGCAACCUUUGUCCCAUAUCUGUAGAAGAGCUUUAUCUUAAUUUGUCUUAUAAUUUAGCAUACCAUAUAGAAUUUUGUCCCUUAAAUUAUGUUCAUAUUCAUUUCCUCUAAAAAUCUUUUGUGCCAAACAGUUAUAAUACUGGGAGAGUGAACACAGCAAAGUUAUUAAUGUCAUUUCUUAAACAAUUGGGACAGAUGUACUUAAUUAGUUACCAUGUUUCUGAGUUGAAUCAUCAAUAAGUAUUCUAACUGGAUAAUAAAAAGAGUGACAUUGUGCUAUCUCAAUUCUCGACUAUGACUGACUUAAAUGAUCACAAGAAUAUAAUUUUUUUUUCUUUUAAAGGCAUUCCAUAAAAUAAUUAUUUAAUCCAGUUUUUUUAAAAGUGCCUGGUGAUUUUUAUAGGCAACAGAAAUUAUUUUUCUUUCAUUUAAAUUGGAUCUGCACAUCUGUAGCUUUCCUCGUUUGGACACAUAGCCACAAAUCUUUUUGUUGGCAUUAUUAAAUCUUUUUUAAUUUGAUUAGGCUUUGAAGCUACUUUUCCUCCCCUUACUAGUAAUCUAAAAUGAAAAUCCAGGUAAUUUUAUCAUCAACCUUAUUAAAUUUCAGACAGCAUAUUUUAAAAUGUUGAACUGAAGUUACUGGUUUGAUAAUAGUGUGUGGGCUGGCCAUUAAUUGUCAUUAGUGAAAAACUUCAAUGUUUCGGAAAAAUCAAGUUAAACUAGUAACCUAAAUAGAGACCCACUAUACAAGUAAAAAUCGAUUUAUCCAUCAGUUUAUCUUAAACUAUCUAAUUAUCUUAAACUAGCUAGAUAGUUCAAGGUUAAACCAAUAUGAUGUUUUAUCUUAAACUACCUAAUUGAUGUUAACAGUUGAGAUAAUGCUUGGAUACGCGGUGUGAGCCUCUGGUACUUGAGUAUAUUCCUUUAAGGGUCAUUGACUGAGCUGGUGCAGGCGCACCCUCUUCUCUUGUUCAGUCAAGACCUGGAUCUCUUUCUAUCAUUGAUCUUCGGAGGAAACACAAAGUUUCCCUUUAUUGUGUAACUACUAUAUUUUAUUGAAACUAGAUUCAGUGUUAAGAUGUGUCUUGAUUUCAGAGAAAAAACUGUGUUACCUUAGAAUUAAUGAAAUAUCAGUGUGGUUUUUGUGCCUGGGGCCAUUAUUUAACCCGUGAGUCAUUAAUGAUGAUACUGUUGUCUUUUCUUCUGAAUAUAAAUGGUAAUUAUAUUGCAAAAAGUGGACAAAUCUGUUUUUUUUUUUUAAGUUGGUAAGUAGUGUGUUUACUUUCUUCAACCUUGCCUCUAUAUAGAAACGUUUAAAUUUCCUCAAAAAAUCUCAGUGGGCCACUAGUUUUUAAAAAAAAAAAUCCUCAAAUUUUAAUUAAGGAAGAAAACUCUGUUUCACCGAUUAAGAAGUAAACACCUUAGAAGUACUGUUUGUAGGUGUUAAUGUCGUUUGUAGUUCCCAGACACCAUUAAUAAGCCCUUACAGUGUAAGCUAAAAGUGGGAGUUCAUAUCCAAUGACCUAUGGAAUUAUGCCAAAUUAUAUCUAGAAGAUGAUUCCUAUAAUUCGAAUUUAAAGUUCAGAAAUGUUAGUUUUCUUUCACAAAUUGGAAACUUUUCUGAGUACCUUUUAAGGGAGAGCAAGGAAAUAAUUCAUAUGUGAAAUUCAUAUCACCAAAAAUAUAAAAUGUCUGGUACAGAAAUGAUGGGUUUUGUUUAGCAUUUUGCAAGUGUUUACUACGUUCUUGUAAGGAUUAUUAUUUUAGGCAAGCUUGGAAACUUGAAAUUGUAAAACUUAAAUUGGAAGUGAAUCAUUUCAGAAUUUGGUAGGAUAUAAGAUGUGCCCCUUUGUCUACAUAAAUGUUGACUUAAUUUUCAGGCUAGGUUGAAGCAAUUGCUUAUUUUGUGUAGUCAAGAGUGCCCUAUAUUCUUUUAAUAGUAAUACAUCAGAGUACAACCAUAGUGAAUAUUUUGUUAAUCUUGUCCUUUUUAGUAUCUUGAAUAGAUUUUUAUUGUAAUUGUUCUGGUGUAUGCAGUGUGUGGACAAUAUUGUGUAAAGAGUGUUUUUUGCAUUUGUGCAUUUAAAUUAUUUAUGUAACUAGGGCUCUGAGUAACACUUUUUUUUUGCUUAAAGAAACGCUAUAUUUAAAUAUUCAAAUAAUUAUAUAUUUCCAUGUAAAACUAAUGUGAAGACCGAUGUAUUUUUUAUAAUGCAAUUUAAAGCGUAGACUUGUUUUGAUGUUAUCAAGAUAAAUUUAUUAAAUAUUGAAAUUUGUGUGUACUCUCUCCUCAUGUUAAAACCUUUCCUGGAAAUACUUAAAAAGAAUCAGAGAGUAAUCAAGUCUGAAGUAACUCUGUAAAAGGCCUGAGAGAUGAUAAAUAAGAGAAUGCAAAUGUUGAUGCUGGCGAGAAAAUAGUUUAACCAAAGAUGCACAGGUUGUACUCAAAUCAGUAGUUAUUUCAAAAGAUUAAACAACCACUAAUUUGCCUGGUGGAGUGAUGGGGGAGCUGUUUUACUUGUGUACCUGCACUGCACUGAAAGGAUUGAGUUCAGGAGGCAGGAUCCAUACCAUCAUCUGACCCCUUUUGGGAAAGGCAAAUUCCCAAACCUUCCAUCUACCUCCCUGUCUUCUAGUGCCAGAGCAUAGGAGAAUGAUGACAGGAUGACUUGGAAGAAUAUGUGAGAGAAAAGUGAAAUAGGUGGUUUUCACUGUAGAAUUACUGACUUACAGAAUCUGUUGGUCUGGGAUGUUGCUAGAAUGAGAAUUAUCUUACUCUUUACAAUGAGAAGUUGCUACUUUUUUAGUGAAGGACUUUUAUGUUUAGAAUCACGGAAUUGUAGACAUAUAUGCCAAAAUGCCAACUUGAGGAAAUUGAAGGUAAGAAGACUUAGUAUUUCCUCAUCUCUUACCCAAAUCAACUCAAAAUUUAAGGGGAAAAAAGAAUAAUUUAAAACAUUUCCCUUUGUCCUUCUACUUUAUAUGUAUAAAGUUCUAAAUAUUUUCAGCUAUGGGCUUAAUUUUUAAAAAUCUUUUGCUUUGUUUUGAAUAAGGAUUGGUUUGAGGAUGAAGUAGUUUGUUGCUGAAUCUUUAUAUUAUUUCUAGGUUUAUUUAUUUUAAUAGCCAUUAAACCUGGAAAACAAUUUAUUUCCCAGAUUUAUUAUUUCCAAAUUUAGUGUGUGUACAUAUUGAGCUCUUCUUGAGUACAGCACAUUGUCCUGAGCUUUAACUGUAUCAUGUCCCUUAAUGUUUGUGUUUGGGAGCCUUGUUGGAUACUGUAAUGAUCACUAUGAUGUGAGAAGGUUGAGGCAUAGAGUAGUUACCCCCUUCCUGCCCCCAGUUAAGACCAUCCUCUAGUUCCUGUCUCCUUAGUCUCUCUUCCCUGCUUAGUUCAUAAAAACGGUACCUUUAUGUUAGUCUUUUUCUUUCUUUCCUUUUUUUUUUAAUUUUUAUUUUUUGCCUUGUUUCAUUUAUCAUGAUUAGGUUUUUGUUGUUGUUGUUUGGUUGGCUGGUUUUGAGAGUCUUUUGUGUUACAGCAUGCUGAGAAUUUUGGUUUUUUAAUUACUUUUUAGCAGUUUUAAAUUUACUUAAAUUUUUGUUUUUUAUUGUUUUGUAUUUAUGCCUCCGAGAGCGGAGCCCAGGGCCUUGUGCAUGUGUCAAGUGCUCUGCUGUGCUGUACCUCCAGCUCUCAGAGAGUCUUUAAUGACAUGACUACCAGAAUCUUUGUCUCCUGACAACAGGUGACAGAGACAGCAGGUGUGAGGCCAGCUUUGUUCCCUUCAUGGCUCUUACUUAACCUCCUUACUCCUCAGAUCCAAGACUGGAUGGCACAGUUGCCUUUGGCAGUGCUCUUGCAGCUCACUUGAGUGCUGUGUGCCCUCAUGAUCUUUGGCUCCUUUUCCUGUCCAUCGUGACAUUCUUUUCCGUGUGCUCAGUCCGUUCUCAUUUUCAGCAUCAACACAUCACCUCAUGCCCUCAAUCCUUUCAUGAUGGAGUGCUUGCAGGUAACUGAAAUCUGAGAGCGAUCAACAGAUUGCUAGUUUAAUCCGGUUGUGCCACAGAGCCAAGAAGUGUAUUGGUGGCAGCCUCUUGGUUAAGUUGCUCUCCUGCAUAUUUAGAUACUUACUGUCAAAGUCAGGAAGUCAACAUUGAUCUCAUCUAUCUACUCUGCAGACCUUAUUCAAAUUUUGCAAUUUAUCCCAAAAUGUCCUCUGUAGGUCCUGGAUUUGAUCCACAGUUAUUGGCUUCCUGGAUACUUUGUGAUUUCCUCGGUGUGGAGCAGUUUCUCGCCUGUCUGUACUUGGUAGCAUGGCAUUUUGAAGGUACUGGUUUAUUUGUGGAAUAUCAUUGAGUUUGAGCUUGUCAGAUGUUUCUUUGUAACCUAUGCAUUUUUGGAAUUCUGUGUUCUCAGUGUGUAUUAACAGAAGCCAUGUGAUGUCAGUUUGAAUAAAUGUGGUGAUAGAAUA